AUAGAAGAAGAAAAAGAAAAAGGAGAAAAAAGCGUUAAUAGUACUCUUUGUCCAUUUCGAUACGCAAUAGUUAGUAUAAACUUCCUCCAGUCAGAAUUAAUCUAAACAUAACUCAAUAAAUCUGUCAUUCAUUUUGACGUUUUUGCCUAGGAUAUCUUAGUCCCGCAAUUUUACAUCUAACUAAGAUCGUUGAACUUCUCUCGUUGAACGACAACAAAUACUUUACAGAAGAAUCCCUACUCUUGACCAAUCAGCGACGAAAGGGGCAUAGACUUCGGCUCCGAAUUUCGCCUUGCCUCUCGGAAAAAAUCCCGUGUGCCCGAACUGACGAAAAACACCUCACAGAUUUUCAAAACGAACAAAAACGAACAAAAUGUCGUCAUGAUAUUUGCAAGAAGUCUUCCGAACUGGAUGGGAAGCAUGCGGACGCUGAAGCAUCUGUGGUUGCAACCCAGUCUAUAUUGGGUUGUUGGUUAGGUUAGGGACGUCCCAAUGAGCCCGAGUAGCACUAACCAUUUCAUCUGUCGCACUGCUAACGUUAGCUGCUUGAAAGUGACUUUCAACCGUUUGCUAGAUGUUGGACAUGAACUUUCACCACGUGGCAUCGUCUGUAUUUUUCAUGCAAAUGUAACAAACUCUACUAAUUUCAUUUUAGUGUUUGUGACCACUCGCAGUGGCCAUACAUAUACUUAUGUACAUUCUUUUUUUGGCUCGCUGCCUAAAGGGGUGCGGCUGUCCGAGACUGUAAACAAUACGUGUACGCCGCCAACCUGGACGGGUGAACCAGGGAACAUACAAAACUACAGAGAAGAGGGACUCGCCCUGGACCCUCUGGCCACCUCGGAGAGUCAGAAUCCACCACAGUUCAGCAGCGGCCCUCUGACUUGGAAUAACAGCUAGCUAGCAAGGCAACCCAACUAAUUGAAAACGUUGCAAAUACCGCCAGACAGAGGAAGUUGUUGGAGGAUUAUCAAGGCACGCAUAUUUUCAUCGAGUAGUCUCUGUACACCCUUGAUCAGAUUAGCCCAGUACUCAUCACACACACCCCUACAAGCCACCAUGGAGGAUGACCUGAUGUUUAGUAUGGAGGAGGUGGGCAGUGCUCAGCAUAAUCCAAGGAAACAGAGAACCCCAGGUCAACAUGUUCCAUCCCUUAGCGAAGCUAAUGAUAGCGGUGAGGACGACUACAACAUCUGUCCCAUCACAGACGACCCUGUCAGCCAGGCCAAAGACAUCUGUGGCUAUCUGAAGAACCUGGUCCACAGCAAUCAGCUGUCCAACUCUCCCCAAAACUCCUUCAUGUACAAGAAUGAAACAGAAACAGAGAAGGAAACUCCACAACAACGGUCAGUCGAGUUUGGGGCGUUAUCUGACAAUGGACGGGCAGCGUGGAAUAGAGCCUUAGAGAAGGCCAAGGCCAUGCCUGAUCUCUGGGCUGAGUUUCACCUGGAGGAAGUCAAGACAGAGCCAUGCAUACGAUACAGGUACAAGGCUAUCACAGCGGAGUGGUCUCAAGACACAGUGCACAUCAAGAUGUCUGGCCAGCCCUUUGGACGCGGUGCCAUGAGGGAAUGCUUCAGAACGAAGAAGCUGUCUAACUUCUCCCACAGUAGUAACUGGAAGAGUGCGUGUAACUAUGUGACGAAGCGCUACAUGGAGCCUGUGGACAGGGAUGUGUACUUUGAGGAUGUCAAGCUGCAGAUGGAGGCCAAACUCUGGGGAGAAGAGUACAACCGCCACAGGCCACCCAAACAGGUGGACAUCAUGCAGAUGUGUGUGAUUGAGAUGAUGCAGCAUCCAGGUAAACCUCUGUACCACCUGGAACACUACAUUGAGGGGAAGUACACAAAAUACAACUCCAACUCCGGCUUCGUCAAGGAUGACAACAUCAGGCUCACUCCACAGGCAUUUAGUCACUUCUCAUUUGAGCGUUCGGCCCACCAGCUGAUCGUGGUGGACAUUCAGGGGGUGGGGGACCUCUACACGGACCCCCAGAUCCACACAGAGAAGGGCAAAGGCUUUGGAAAUGGAAACCUGGGUGUUCGGGGCAUGGCGCUGUUCUUCCACUCCCACCUGUGUAAUAAGAUCUGUAAGAGUAUGGGCCUCACACCCUUUGACCUCUCCACUGCAGAGAAAAGCCAGCUGGACUGCACCAACAGACUGCUGAGGUCGGCCCAGACGGUACUGAGGGGUAGUGAGGAACAGUGUGGUUCAGCUCGUGUUCGUACCAUCUCAGUGGGCCGUGCGCCCCCACUUCUCUCCCGUCUGUCAGAGACUGGGGACAACACUAUAAGUGACUCCAUCCCCUGCUCGCCCCUCGCCUUCCCUGGCUCCCCCCUAGGACAGCACUUCUCUAUGGGCUCCAUGGGAAAGUCUCCUCUGGAUUGGCCUUUUGUAAAUGAGAUGGAUGAACGGGAGAAACACAACAACCGCAGCCACAGCCCAGAACACAAGGACUCAGAGAAUGGAGGAGAUAGUGGGUGUCCAAGUGACAGGAGGAGUGAAGGGGACCCCAACGACAGGGGACAUUACUCUUCUCUACACCAACACUCAGUCUUGCUGACAGAUGAGAAAUGGAGUGUCUACCACACUUCUCGUUCUCACGUUCACCGGCCAUCCUGUGUUGCUGUGGAGGUGGAGAGACUCGACUCCAUGAUCCUGGAGAGGAAGACCGGGAAGUCCAUCCUGGGGAAAGUCCACCUGGCGAUGGUGAAUUACCACGAGGGUGGUCGGUUCUGUGAAAAGGAGGAACAGUGGGACCAGGACUCAGCCAUGUACCACCUGGAGACGGCAGCCAUGUGUGGGGAACUAGAGGCUAUCAUUGCCCUGGGACAGUGUUACCUACAGCUGCCACACCAUAUACUGUCAGAGAUUGAGCUAGAGGACAACUCAGGGAGCCGUAUGAAGGGUUUCAAAUUCCUGCUACAGGCUGCUGAGGCAGGAGACAGACCCUGUAUGAUCCUGGUGGCCAGGGCCUUCGACACCGGCAUCAUCCUCUCACCAGACAGGUCCCAGGACUGGAAGGAGGCGGUGAGCUGGUACAACUGUGCCCUGAACAUGACGGACUACGACGAGGGGGGCGAGUUUGACAGCAUGCAGGACGAGCCUCUCUACCUGCUGCUGGCCAGAGAGGCUGAGAUGUACCAGAAGGGGGGCCAUGGCCUGGACCGAGACCCACAGAGAGCAGGUGAUCUGUUCACACAGGCAGCAGACGCAGCCAUGGAAGCAAUGAAAGGCCGACUGGCCAACCAGUACUAUAUGAAAGCAGAGGAGGCCUGGGGCAUGAUGGAGGAAGAGGAGUAGGAGACAGAGGGGACGUCACUCUGCAAGGCCAAAGGAAUCGGCUAAUGUAGUGAUGGAUACUUCUCACUAAUGUUUUAAAGUUUACAGACACUUUUACUGUGAUUUCCUAAAUGCAGUGUGAGUGUAUGAUCUGUGUGUGACCAUUUAUGCAGCUGUCCUCUAGCCUAACUGUGUUUCUUGGUGAUAACCGAAGGAAUUGUCUUUAUUUUACACUUUCUGUUUGGAACUGGUCUUUGUCUUUUCAAUUAUUUUCCCCUUUUCUAUUCCUGUCCCCAUUGCCCUUUUGGAUAUACAGUGUAUUCAGACCUCUUGACUUUUUCCACAUUUUGUUACGUUACAGCCUUAUUCUAAAAUGUAUUUUAUUUGUUUCUUCUCAUCAAUCUACACACACAACCCCAUAAUAACAAAGCAUAAACAGGUUUUUCGAAUUUUUUUGCAAAUUUAUAUAUAAAAAAAAUGGAAUUAUCACAUUAACAUAAGUAGUAAGGACUUUGUUGAAGCACCUUUGGCAGUGAUUACAGCCUUGAGUCUUCUUGGGUAUGACGCUACAAGCUUGGCACACCUGUAUUUGGGGAGUUUCUCCCAUUCUUCUCUGCAGAUCCUCAAGCUCUGUCAGGUUGGAUGGAGAGCAUCACUGCACAGCUAUUUUCAGGUCUCCAGAGAUGUUUGGUCGAGUUCAAGUCCGGGCUCUGGCUUGGCCACUCAAGGACAUUCAGAGACUUACCCUGAAGCCACUCCUGUGUUGUCUUGGCUGUGUGCUUAGGGUCGUUGUCCUGGUGGAAGGUGAACCUUGGCUCCUGUCUGAGAUCCUGAGCGCUCUAGAGCAGGUUUUCAUCAAGGAUCACUCUGUACUUUGCUCUGUUCAUCUUUCCCUCUGCUGACUGAUCUCCCAGUCCCUUCCUCUGAAAAACAUCCCCACAGCAUGAUGCUGCCACCACCAUGCUUCACCGUAGGGAUGGUGCCAGGUUUCCUCCAGACGUGAUGUUUGGCAUUCAGGCCAAAGAGUUCAAUCUUGGUUUCAUCAGACCAGAGAAUCUUGUUUCUCAUGGUCAGAGUCUUGGUGACUUUUGGCAAACUCCAUGCUGGCUGUCAUGUGCCUUUUACUGAUGAGUGGCUUCCGUCUGCCCACUCUACCAUAAAGGCCUGAUUGGUGGAUUGCUGUAGAGAUGGUCUCCACAGAGGAACGCUAGAGCUCUGUCAGAGUGACCAUCAGGUUCUUGGUCACCUACCUGACCAAGGUACUCUUCCCCAGAUCUGUGCCUCGACACAAUCCUGUCCCGGAGCUCUAAGGACAAUUCCUUCGACCUCAUGGCUUGCUCUGACAUGUACUGUCAACUGUGGGACCUUAUGUAGAUAUAUAUGUGCCUUUAUUUUUAUAUAUAUAUAUAUAAAGUUUAUAUAUAUUUACUAACAAUUCUGAAAACCUUUUUUCACUUUGUCAUUAUGGGGUAUUGUGUGGAGAUGGAUGAGAAAAAACAAUCCAUUUUAGAAUAAGGUUGUAACAAAUGUGUUAAGUCAAGGGGUCUGAGUUCUUUCUGAAUGCACUGUAUGAAUGUGGUUGCAAUUUAGAAGCAAAUUACUAAACUGAAAAGAAGUUUGAUUUUGUAAAAUGAACAUUUCAUGAACAAAUAGCUUUUGUUGACUUUGUUGGUUUUGCCUAUCACUUCUGUAUGUUAGUAAUAGACUUAUCGAGUGCACUUGUUGCAUUGUUUGCAUGCCUGUGUAUAAAUUAAUGCAUGGAAGUAGCUAUAUGUAAAUGUCUCUUUGGAAUAAAUAAAUGUCUAUUGCAUUGUAAA